GGUCUCUCUGGCCCCAGUGCUAUGGACACAGAUGAUCGCAUCUCUAACCUGGAACAACGGCUUCAGCUGCAGGAGGAUGAGAUGCAGGUUCUUCGUGCUGCACUGAGUGAUGCUCUGCGUAGACUAAGAGUUUGUGAGGAGCGGGGCGAAGCUUUGCGGGGGAGACAGGGAAUGCACGUGGUGAGGCCGCCCCCUCGCUCUGUACAGAAUGGUCCACCCCCUCGCAGGAAGAGCGGCCUCUCUACAUCCCCAUCCUCACCCAAAACGGGGGGAACUCCAAGCAUUACAAAGAGUCUCCGUCGCUCUUUCUCUCCAGAGAGACUCUCCUACACCAAAAGAGAACUAUCUGACUCCAGAAACCGAGCACUGGUUGUUGGCACUGUGAGAAGAGAUGGUAAAACCAAACAGGUUGUAUUCUAUCCAGAGGAGGGUGUGGUGAAGUUGUACCUCCGCGGACGUGCAGUACCUCUCUAUGUUCCUGACUCCCUAGUGGCCUCCUACAGCCUUGAGACCAAAGGAGAGCUUCCACCCCGGGAGCUACAGCUGGAAUGGGUAUAUGGCUACCGGGGACGGGACUGUCGUGGUAAUCUCUAUGUCUUACCCUCGGGGGAGCUUUUAUACUUUACUGCAGCUGUGUGCGUCCUAUAUGACCCUGUGGGGUGUACCCAAAGGCACUAUCGAGGACACACUGAUGAUAUCAAGAGCCUGGCUGUCCACCCGGAUUCUGUGACCAUCGCCAGUGGUCAAGUUGCUGGUAACUCUCAGGAUGGCAAGGCUUUGCCACCCCAUGUCAGGGUCUGGCACUCAGUCAGUCUAUGCACUCUUCAUGUGAUUGGCGUCGGAAGCUUUGAGAGAGCAGUGACGUGUCUCAACUUCUCCAAAACUGAUGGUGGUGCUCUCCUCUGCGCAUGUGAUGAGUCUGGAGAUCACGUCUUGUCUGUGUGGCAAUGGCAACGUGAAGUCAAAGUUACCGAAGUGAAGUGCUCUACGGAACCCGUGCUUUCUGCCAUCUUCCACCCUACAGAACCCAACCUGGUCAUCACCUGCGGGAAGUCCCAGUUAUAUUACUGGAGUCUGGAAGGUGGUGCAGUGCCAGGAGCCACACUGAGCAAGAGACAGGGGGUGUUUGAGAAGCAUGAGAAGCCACGUUUUGUGCUCUGUGUGGCGUUCGCUGAGAAUGGAGAUGUGGUCACCGGAGACUCUAAUGGGAAUCUGUUUGUUUGGGGAAAAGGCACUCACAGAAUCGCUCAGGCUAUCACCGGCGCUCAUGACGGUUCGGUGUUUGCUCUCUGUGUAUGCCGGGAUGGGACCCUCUUGUCUGGAGGAGGCAAGGACGGGAGAGUCAUUCUGUGGGACAGAGAGUAUAAGAAAGUACAAGAGACUCGGAUCCCAGAGUGCUUUGGACCAGUACGGACAAUCUCUGAAGGGCGAGGGGGAGACACUUUGUAUGUUGGCACCACGAAAAACUGCAUCAUGAGUGGGAGUCUGGAGUCCGGACUCACCUGCUUAAUACAGGGUCACACAGACGAGCUGUGGGGUCUCUGCUCACACCCAUCACGUGAUCUGUUCCUCACCUGCGGCCAAGACAAACAGGUUCACCUCUGGAGUAGCAGAGAGCACCAGCCGGUCUGGACCACAACACUGGAGGAUGGUGCGCGUGUCGCCGGGUUUCACCCGUCUGGCUCUGUUGUUGCUAUAGGAACCACAACCGGCAGAUUCCUGGUUCUGGAUUCUCAGUCACAUGUUAUUGUCACCAGUGUCUCUGAGGCCAGUGAGCAGAUCAGUGUGACACGCUAUAGCCCAGACGGGCAGUUUUUGGCAGUCGGGUCACAUGACAACUUUAUUUAUGUGUACGAGGUGAUGGAGGACGGGCGAGAGUACAGGCGGCUGGGAAAGUGUACGGGUCAUUCCAGCUUUGUGACACACCUAGACUGGGCAUCAGACAGCUCCUGCUUUAUGACCAACAGUGGAGAUUACGAAAUCCUAUAUU